AUGGCGCUGGCGUGUCUCAAGACCCUGGCGACCGAGGAUCCUCCCGGGCUGCUCACCUCGCAUUGCUCGGAGAACCGCUUCGCCUUUACUGCGGCUCUUGCGAAGGUCCUCGCCGCCAUGGGCUCGCCGGCGGCUGCGGCGGCGCCGGACCGGCCGAAGAAGAAGCCCCCUGUAACAGACUUUGCUUCUGCCGUGGACUUUCUGGAGCAGGCGAUUCACAAAGGACCAGGGGCUGGUGCGGUGGCUGUGGGCUUCCGCUCCUCCGUCUGCCUAGCAGUGGUGCUUCUGGCGGAAGCGCAAGGAGUUUCAGAUGCUGCCAGCCUCUCCCUGGUUGUCCGUGCCUUGCCGAAUGCUCUAGACAUGCCAGGUGGGACUCACAAGGGCUCCAUGCGACAACCUCAAGGAAGCUCCGGCCAAAGCGACGAGGAGACUUUGAUGCAGGUGGCCAGGCAGAUCUCCAUGGCACUCCAUCGUUUGCUGCGCCUUGCAGAGAGAGAGGGCUGCUUGAACGACUUUGUGGAGCAAGGGCUUCUUCCUGUGGUGUCCGCCCAGUUCAACGAGACGUCUCGGGGCACCGACAUGCGCAUGCUGGUGGUCCUGGAGACGUUGUGCGGAGCUUGCGUGGCUUCCGGUGAGGCCUUCCGCAGCAUCGAGACAAAGGUGACCAAGCCACUGCUGCACAUCGUCGGGAACUACCCGCAGGCCAUGGUACAACUGCAGGCCGUCUACUGCCUUCGCUGCAUCGGUCGUGGGUCACCGCCGCAGCUCUUCCAGUUGUUAAGCGUGUUGCUGAACCUUUCCACUGUGCAGAAUGCCGAAGUACUGGGCACACCCCUUCGGCGCCGGGAUGCGAAUGGCCAGAUGGUGGCAGGCAACACCGCGGUGGCUGCUGCCGCGGCUCAUGCUGACCUUCAACCUCUCAUCCGGGGCCUCUUCGGCCACUGUGCAGCACUUGCCGCUAUGAGUAGUGAACUCUACAGCAGUGAGCUUGGGGUGCCGCAUGAUGUGACUUCGGCAGUUUUGGGCACAUCUGGAGCCCUCCUCCAGCCUCAUCCCAGCCCAGCAGUCAGUGCACAGCGGCGAUGCUGUGCCUUCCUGCUCCUUGAGGGCCUGAUGUGCUUAGGCUCGGACUGGGUUGGGCAACGCCUGACAACGCUCUUCGCUCUGUGGAAGUCCGCGUUGGGCAAGAAGCCGGUUGACCGUGCCAAGGUGGUCUACCAGGAGCAUGUGUCUGCCAGCCAGUCUAAGAAGGAUGUGUCAACUGACCUUAGUGCCAACGUUUGCCGUGACGAGCUGCUCUCGCUUCUCUUUGCCCUGCGCUCCUUGUACGCCUUCACCUGGCACUCGAGGGACACGCUGCUGACCUCGUUGCCUCACCUCCACAAGAUCUUGGUGGUGUUCCUCACAAACAUUUCGCAGCUGGUGGUGGCCCUGCCGCAUCCCAGCUCCAGCAGCUUUCGCGCCAAGUACGCGCGGGAGGCGAGCGGUCCGGCAGGGAUGAGGCCGAUCAUCACCAUGUCUGCAAACUGCAACAUCCCUGAGAUUCUCCUCUCGAUCAGGGCCACGAUGUAUCGAACUUUCGCAGCCAUGCAGCCUUCCCUGUACUCUUCGCGCUUUGUUCCGUUGCUCAACAUGCUCGCCGACGAUGUGGCCAGGACUUUGCCUUCGGACUACCCCUUCACCGAGUUGGUGUCUCAUUUUCUGCACCGCUCUGACAUUGUCUUGGACUUGGUGGAUGUCCACCUCGAGACCAGCCGGGAGUGCGCCACCACCACCCGCCUGGGGGUGGAUCGGCUUCUCUCGGUCUUGCGGAAGGGUGCCGAUGCAGGAAGCUUCCGUGAGGAUGCCGGGCCAUUCGCUGAGGACCAGUGCUCCGAUGGCGGGGCUGCGUGCCUCUUCAGCCCGCUCCACCGCGAGAGCCCCGGGGCGCCCGAGUGCCUUCUGACGCCCUGGGAUGCCUGGUGCGAUUGUCGAGAGCCUCUGGCCCCACAGUGCGUCUCUGCGGAGUGGGACUGGCGGUGUAGCUCCGUGAAGCUCCUGGCCAUCAUCAUGAACGCGGCGGAGGUGGGAGAGAAUCCGCGGGCUGCUGUUCUUCAACACUUGCUCAAAGUUCGGCGGGAUGCCGCGGAAGAGGGCGGCUCAACAACCUCACCGCAGCCGGAGGUGCACGUAUCGUCUUCCGUGGCGGUUUUGGCCUACCUUCGCGAGCACGUGCGGAUGCGUGGACUGCAGGCAGCGCCGCCUGCCCCGGCGAUGGAGCAGGUACUUCAAUCCUCUCUGUCCGGGCUCAAGGAAAGCAAUCCGCUCCUUCGGCGAUUACAUGCCGAGAUCCUCGCGUUGCUCUUCUUCGUGCAUCAUCAGCUCGCAGACUCCCCGAUCGUGCCCAACAUCCUCCAGCAGCUCUCGGAGAGCCCCGGAUCGGACUCCAAGGAGGAGAAACUUCGGGAGCGUUCCGCUCUGGCGCUGCUAUGUGGCUGUGUGCUCCGAUGCUUCUCCUGGGGCUGGAGAGUUUUGAGCCCUGCGGGAGAUCACAGCGUUGGUGGCUUCCACUGCCCCUACAUCAUGAACAUCGUGCCAGCUUUGUUGAAGCUGGCGAAGGAGACAGCCCAGCCGGUGCGCUUGUGGAUGCUUUAUUCCUUGCAUCUGGGCAUGCAGGCUGCCAGAGGUGCUUUCAUGCCCUUCAUGAAAGACUCCCUGCGCCUGGCCACGGCACAUCUUCUUGCAGACUUUUUUGAGGCGCCGCUGGUGCUCUGGGUCGUCUCCGAGCUUACACACUCCGCCGCCGUGGCCAUGUCCAAGAGCGAAGGGGAUGUGGACUCCCGGGAAGAGCACCUGCUAGCCGGCAUCUGGCGUGUCUUCCGGCAUGUGGAGUAUCUGGAACCCAGCUGCGGAAAUGCUUUCGCCAUGAUACGGGCAGAGGUUGUCAGCUUGUCGACGGCGCCCUAUCUCACAAGGAUCGUUCCGCCCAGCAGUCUCUUAGCGAUGGCAGCUGGCAAGCUCUCUGACAACGAGACGAACCCGAAGGUGUGCUGUGUCCGCACCCACGCCGCCCAGUGCCUAUGGCAACUGGCCACGACUAAGGGCUGCGAUCUGGGCAGCCUCUUCCGAGACCGGACCAGGCUCUUCCGCCUUCUUGAUGCCUCGAAGGGCGCGGAGGCAGAAGCUUUUGAAGCUCUCAUCUCCUCUAUGCUCCAGGUGCAUGGGCUCCACGAGCUUCCAACGUGGCUCCAGGCUCUUCGCCAGGUCGUCUUGGCUCUGCCGCCCAAGGGCGCCAUCGCUGUAAGCACCAAGGAAGAAUCCGGGGCUUCCGCCGCUGGGCGCAAGGGCAGUGAGGAUCGAAAUGCCGACGAGAUCGAUGACGAGGCAGCGAUGGCGGGGCCGAAGCAGGAGUCUGGUGGGAAGCAGAGCAGCCGCAUCGCAACAAAAGUUUUUGCCGUGUCGUGCCUCCACCAACUCCUUGAUAUGGUCCCCGCAGGGGAUCCCGAUCAUUUUCAGCCGGAGACAAGCAGCCCGGCUCACAGUUCGCAGCUUCCGGUGGAGAAGCGCUUCAUGACCCACCUGGAGCUCUUGGUUGGCGUCGCAGUGAACGCUGCAAGCUCCGACGAGGCUUCGCUCUCCGCCGCCGGCCUUCGCCUCAUGCUCCUGAUCAUCCAGAGGUUCCAGCACACCAAGGACGUCCAGGGUCAGAUCGAAGGCGUGGACUGCCCACUCCUUUUGGUUCAGUUCGAGGCACAGGUCACGACUUGCAUCCGGCAUAACCUGCGGGCCUCUGCGAACCCCUCGGUCAUGCGGCUUGCGCUGGAAUUGCUGCGUGAUGUGAUUGCCGUGAGAGCAUGCACGUCCUCCCAGCGAUUGAUUGCGCUUCUGAUGCAGCCCUUCGCCAGCCCCGCUUUCGAGCCGGAUCCCCUCUUUUCGGAAGCAGCUUCCACGGGAUCGUUCCUCUUCCGGCUCCGCUGCGCAGCUGCAGUCUUGGACUCUUCGCAGUCGGAGCAGGUGGCGCUGCGCUCCUAUGCCAAGGACCUCGCCCGCUGGAUCGAACUGGCCUUGCGUGACGGCGCUGUGCUUCUGGCAGGACUUCCGCUGCAGAACGUGAAGACAUACCAGCCAGCCUGCUUCAACUUCGCCGAUUGCAAAGCCAUCCAGCCCCUGUUUCGCGCAGCGUUGCCCUCCCUGCUGCGUGGAGUUUGUGCGUUGUGUGCAGAUGUUCCACAGGGAUCGAGGUCUUCUCCGACGGCAUCGCCAUCUUGGGUCCUUAACAAGGAGCUGACAUCGCUGGCCCUCGGCAUUGUGGUGACGCUGAUGGCGGCAUCGGACUUGGACGAGCCAAUCGCUGACCUUCGGGUGUUUGUCCGGACCAUACGCCACAUCCUUGCAGUAUCUGCCAGUGGAACCGGCCAGGAGACCCUAGUGAACCUAGCGACCUUCUUGGACGUGAUGGGUUGCGUCUGGAGGUACCUCUUCCUCGAGCCCUCGAAGCGUCGCCCUCUUUUGCUCGACCUCCUGGAAUUGAUUCACGUCAUCUCAGGAGCUCUUUGGGACCGGAGGCAGAGCUCUCCCACUAGGGACUCCGAAUCGGAGGCCUCCUGGCUCGAUGCUCUCUCCGCCGAGUCUGCGGAAGGCGCACAGGCUCGGGCCACGCUGGGCGCCUACGCUUUUCAUAUCGUCUCCGCAGCCAUGAACUCCCCGGAAGCUAUGUCCAGUCAGCUCCCGAAAGCCUUGGAGGUUCUGCAUUGGUGGCUCCGUGAUGCGCUUCCCAGGAGCCUCGAGGCAGACCUGAACGAACUCGCUGAGGCUGCAGAGGAUGACUUGAUGGUCGCGGCACUGGCGGAGACCUCUCCGGAGGAAAGCACCGCUCUGGCAGUGAAGGGCGCCGAAGCUGCCAGCACGGCGGGCACCAGUCCCUGGCUGUGGCUGCUCUUCUUCUCGCCAUUCCCGGAGCGCUUGGUCCAGCAUGAUCCCGCCACGACCCUGAAGUACUGGAAGCAGGUUUGCGGGCUGCUUGCGACGCUUCCCGAGUCGCCGUCUCCUCGGGCUCACGAGCAGCUCUUCUACCUUGCCAUGAUCUCCUGCAAGAUGACCAGAUCCCUGAUUGAGAAGCUCAAAGCUAAUCUCAAGCCGCUCGAUGAAGCCGAAGAACGAAACCUGGUGUACGCCUUUGCCACCUUGGUUCCAGCCGUGACGGCCAUGGCAUCAGUGCGGCAGUGCUGCAAGGAGUUGCCUGAAGAUGAGUCAGCGACGGGCGAUGAGCCCCUGGCCACCAGUGGCACGGUUCGGGAGCGUGCAGAGGCCACCGUGCAGAGAUGCCUGUUGCUGCUGAAGACCCUUUUUGACAUGGGAUGGUCCCAUCCCAGUGUGAAGGUGGCACAAGCAGCCAUCUCCUCCGCGCAGAACCUGCUGCAGAACUCUGCCUGCACCGGCUUGUGCAUGAUCAUCGUGCCUGGGCUUGUCUCAGCCAUGGCUUCGCCAGAAUUCCCACCGGCGGUCGCGGAGACUGCAUGGGGUGCUCUCCCAGCGAUGCUCGCCGCACAACAUCAGGCCAAGAUCCAGGAGCUCGUUAGAGCGACGACGCAGCUGAUCCUGCAGCUGGUCAGUGCAGUCGCCAGCUACUCAAAGCUGCCACCUGGAGCUCCCGCCACUGCUGCCAUGGCAAGGUGCCUGAUGCAGGUCGCACAGAUCGACCAGGCCGUGCUGAAGACAGAAGUUGGGGCGCUUCCUGCGGACAGCCAGCGCACGGUGCAGGACCUCAUGAGAGCCCACAUGACAGCUGGCCGUGCAGACCCUUCCCAGGCGGGAGGCGUCUCGCGAACGCCCCUGGCAGAGAAGAAGAUCGAACUGAAGCUCAAGUUCUGA